AUGUCCAGCGCCUCUCGCUCCCUCGACCACCCCCUCUUCUCCACUUCGUUCAAGAACAAAAUGCACUACAUCCAAAUCGCCCUUGUCACCACUGUGAUCAUCCUCACCGGCGUUCGCAUCGCCCUGAAACCUUCUUUUCUUCCGGUCACUCGCUCCGACACCAUGGCCAUCGUAAUGGGCGUCAAAACCAUCGUAGUAAUCACCUACCAACUCCUCACAACACACAUCUCCUCUCUCAAACGUUUCCGCAGCACAAAAGCCUACCUCAUCCUCAAUUCCCUCGAAGUGGUUUUCUGGCUCGCGGUCAUGGUCUUGACAGGAAUGGGCAUGUCAAGGUAUUGUCAAGGUUCCUACUGCGGCAUCAGCGUUGUGAUUCUCCUACUCGCAUUGGUCAUCAUGACAUUUUCGUUCUGGACUGCCGUCGUCUCGAAGAAAUUGCGACGAGAGGAAAAGUAUGCUGUUGGUUCUUCUCUGCCUACCUAUCAGAACCAGAUGGAGGAUUCGCCCACCAAGCCUGCUGCUGCAUACACGACUUACCAAGUCUGA